GAAGAUUUCUGCAAAGAACCGGGGUUGUCGCGAGAAAGAGGUGAUUGGAUCUCAUAUCCUCGUUUCAUUUGGUUUGUUCGUUGUGUACAUUGCAUUGGACGGUCACACACUGUUCCCCCUAUCUCUCUCUCCGCCGAUGGCGAAGGCGUUGCCAGGUGCUGCUGCUCAUACCAUCUCACUCACCCACACCACUCUCCUUCUCAGCAGCAUUGCGGUUUCCGUGGGGGGCCUUCUUGUAAUUUCUGCUGUUAUGCUCCUCCUUAUCCUCCUCUUCAUCCUCAUCGCCUGCAAAUUCAAGCCAUGGCGCUUCCUCUCCUCCCUACUUCCAUCCGCCUCCGCCGUUUCCCGCUCCCGCACCGCGAUCAAGGCUGAAGAUGUGGAGAGGCCUUUUAUAUCAGAUGAUUUUGAUGUGGGCGGCGAAUUCAGUAGAAGCCAUUCUCUGGAGAGUCCAGGUCAUCAUACUCAACAAACUUUCGGGUCUCCUAGGUCCCACAAACUUGUCCCUAAACAAAGGCUCCCAUCUACAGCAUCACAUUUGAAACACAGUGACAGUUUUGUCCUUGAUAUUGGUGAUACUUCAGAAGAUAAUACGUUACUGGGGCAAACACUUAAGCCGGACGGGAUAACUCAGUUUCACGAAGAGUUAAAACAAGGAAAAAAUGAAGAUGCUAAGAAACUUAUGGAGUUUGUUCCGAAGUAUACCACUGAUCAAAGAAGUGGCCUUAAGCUGGAGGUGAUAUCGGGCCCUUCUUGUGGCCUUCGGUAUUCAGUACAGUCAAGUAACACAUCCAAGCUUCCACUUAGUCUCGGAAGAGUAGGGCCCAGUGAUAUCCUUUUGAAGGAUUCAGAAGUUUCUGGAAAACAUGCCCUAAUAAACUGGAAUUUAAAUAAAUUGAAGUGGGAGCUGGUUGAUAUGGGUAGCUUGAAUGGCACACUUGUGAACUCGCGUGUAGCACAUAAUUCUCAUUCAGGAAAUAGACAGUGGGGUGAUCCAGUUGAGCUUGCAAAUGGAGAUAUAAUAACUCUAGGGACAAGCUCAAAAGUGCUUGUGCAGAUUUCGUCCCUAUCUGAAUGCCAUGUUCCGUUCGGGGUUGGUCUGGCAUCUGAUCCAAUGACACUACGUCGAGGAGCAAAAAAGUUGCCCAUGGAAGAUGUCUCUUUUUACCAAUGGCCUCUUCCUGGGACUGAUCAGUUUGGAAUGUUUGGUAUAUGUGAUGGACAUGGUGGAGCUGGUGCUGCCACGUCUGCCAGCAAACUACUGCCGCAAAUUGUGACUAGCAUUUUGUCAGAUUCGUUUACAAGGGAGUCAGUUUUAUCACAAUGUGAUGCUUCAAAUGUCCUUAGAGAAGCAUUUUCUCAAGCGGAAGCAUGCAUGGAUCACUACUAUGAGGGUUGUACAGCUACAAUGCUUCUGGUUUGGGCAGAUGGUCAUGAAAAUUUUUACGCUCAAUGUGCAAAUGUUGGUGAUUCAGCUUGUCUUGUAAAUAUUGAUGGGAAUCAGAUAAAAAUGACAGAAGAUCACAGAAUAAGUAGUUAUUCUGAACGACUCCGCAUUGAAGCCACAGGAGAACCUCUUAAGGAAGGAGAAACACGUCUAUGCGGUUUAAACCUGGCUAGGAUGCUUGGGGACAAAUUUCUAAAACAGCAGGAUAAACGCUUCAGUUCAGAACCUUAUAUAAGUCAAGUUGUAUACAUGCAUCAGACUAGCACAGGCUUUGCAUUGCUGGCUAGUGAUGGCUUCUGGGAUGUGGUAAAUACCAGGAAGGCUGUUCAACUUGUCCAACAAUCAAAACAGCGAAAUUCGAUGAAUGAAGAGAACACAGCAGAAAAGGUAGCAAACUUUUUGUUGAGUGAGGCGAGAACGCUAAGGACCAAAGAUAACACCUCCAUAAUUUUUUUGGAUUUUGAGACCACCAAUAGAACUUCUUCAUAUAGACCAGAACCUUAGUGUAUCUACUUAUUUUAUGUUAAGUUAUACAUAUAUUUUGUAUACAUCUGUACAUAUACACUUAAUGAAUGCACUUUGUUACAAUGCCUCCAGUCGUUUUUUCCUUUAUUGGUAAUAAAAGAUAUAGCAGAUUACUAACUCGUAAUUAUGGAUGGUUGUAUU